CGGACAAGCAUGGAUUCUGGGCCCGAAGAGCUGAUGCCCAGGCUGCUGCCGGUUGGCAACUGUGACCUCCCAGAGGAUUUUGAUCCAGCGGUGCCCCCUCGGACCCCUCAGGAGUACUUGCGGAGAGUGCAGAUUGAAGCAGCACGGUGUCCAGAUGUUGUCAUUGCACAGAUUGAUCCAAAAAAGUUGCGAAAGAAACAGACCGUUAGCAUAUCUCUGUCAGGGUGCCAGCCUGCUCCCGAAGGGUACUCUCCAAGCCUCCGCUGGCAGCAACAACAAGUAGCGCAGUUUUCUGCUGUCCGUCAGAGUCUUCACAAACACAGGAGUCACUGGAGGUCUCAGCCUUUGGACAGCAAUGUUACAAUGCCAAGCACAGAGGAUGAGGAGAGCUGGAAGAAGUUCUGUUUGGGGGAAAGGCUAUAUUCUGACCUAGCAGCUGCCCUGAACAGUGACAGCCAGCAUCCAGGAAUUGAUUAUAUAAAGGUUGGUUUCCCACCCUUGCUGAGCAUUGUUAGUCGGAUGAGCCAGGCGACCGUAACAAGUGUGCUAGAAUACUUAGUGAACUGGUUUGAAGAAAGGAACUUUACUCCAGAGCUGGGUCGUUGGCUUUACGCACUACUGGCCUGCCUGGAGAAACCAUUGCUGCCUGAAGCUCACUCUCUUAUUAGGCAGUUGGCACGGAGAUGCUCACAAGUCAGAGCUGGGGUGGAACAUAAGGAAGAUGAACGGGUGUCUGCGCUGAACCUAUUCAUCUGUCUGGUUGGCAGGUACUUUGAACAACGGGAUUUGGCUGAUUGUGGUGACCCAUCUUGAUAUGAUUGGGCAGCUUUACCAACCCCCCCUACCCUCCAUUCUCACAGAACAUCUCUGCAAUAUCCAUGCUAUCCACUUCCCUUCCAUUCCAGUGGUGCACCAACUACAUAGUCUUUGGAUUCAGGACACUGUGUGGUUUACACCUCUUCAGUGCCAACGGCCUGGAAUAUGAAGGUGCAAGGACAGGCAUGGGUAAUCCUCUAGCCUUUUAGAUGUGGAGCCGAACAAGUUGCAGUUGAACAACAGCUAGAGCGCUUCACUUUGCCCAUCCCUGAGUUUGGCACUGACCAGUUGCACGUUGACCUCUUGCCUGCCAUUGGCAGUUUAGUGUAAUGUUUUCUCUUCCUGGAGCCUGAAGGAGCAGCAGUCUCAUUUAUCGUUUGUUUCUGUUUUUCUGUCCUUGUCAUAUAUUGGCCAAAGUUGGAAAGAUAUUAAGUGCCUCGGUGGGUUUGUGGAAACCAUUUUCCAUUCAUUUAACCUCACCCUGCAGUUAACCCCUUCUCUGCCAGCUGUUCAUCAACAAGCUGGGAUGGAGCAGUUAAACCAGUCUGUAGCAUGGGAAAACUGUGAAACUGUACAAUUUAGAUUAUUUAUUUGCCUUUAAUUUUGACUGUUUUCCCCCAGUUUGCCUGUUAUCAUCUGUGUCUGAGCUGCCUCUGUAAUAUGGCCUACUCAUAAAGCCGGGGCUGUGAAGUGGAUUCAAAUACUGUACCCCUUUCCUUUGUUAGGUCUUGAUUUUAAAUAAAGAGAACCAAGUGCUUCCUAAAA